AGCCGCAGAGCCCGCCAGCUGCAGGCCAGCCCUCCCUCUCUUCCAGCGCUGGGUUUUUCCAGCGGAGCCUCACUCCCUCUACUGCAAUCUCUGGAAAUUGGUGCCUGACGCUGCUGCUCCUGCACGUUAUUUAUUUCCUCUUUUCCUCCCGCUGAGACCCUCCAGCCUAGAGAGCGAGCGGCUGCAGGAAGCGGCAGGGACACACGGCAGCAGAGACACACGGCAGCAGAGAGGGCAGGCGGCAGGCAGCCCACUCAGAAGCCCCCUCCCCGAACAUCCAGAUCAUCAAGUCCCCCCAGGAGCCAUGAGCACCGGGCAGGAGGCCAGGAGAGAGGCGGGAGUCUCCAGGAGGAGGGGACAGGAGGCAGAGCUGCGGGACCGAGCUCACCUGAGCCAGCAGCGUCGGCUCAAGCAGGCCACCCAGUUCCUGCACAAGGACUCAGCUGACCUGCUCCCCCUGGACAGCCUCAAGAGGCUCGGCACCUCCAAGGACUUGCAGCCGCACAGUGUGAUCCAAAGACGCCUGCUGGAAGGAAACCAGAGUCGGCUGCAGGGCGAGACUCCCGUGGUGCAGGCGCUGAUUCAGGGCCAGGAGGGCCGGGGGACGGCGGGCAAGGCCGAGAUUCCAGCUCUUCUGGUCAACUGCAUGUGUCGGGACCAGGUGCUCAGGGUGGCGGUGGACACAGGCACCCAGCACAACCAGAUCUCGGCGGGAUGCCUCAGCCGCCUGGGGUUAGGGGAGCGGGGGCUGAAGGCCCCAGGGGACCUGGCACCUGUGCCCCCCACGCAGGUGGAGCAGCUGGAGCUGCAGCUGGGGCAGGAGACUGUGGCGUGCUCGGCCCAGGUGGUGGAUGCUGAGAGUCCGGAAUUCUGUCUUGGGCUUCAGACUCUGCUGUCGCUCAAGUGCUGCAUCGACCUGGACCGCCGAGUGCUGCGGCUGCAGGCCCCGUCCCCAGAGCUGCCCUUCCUGCCUUUGUACCAAGAGCCUGGCCAGUGACUGCUGUCCGGAGCGGUCCCCAGGGGAAGGACCUUGCCUUUGGGGAGAGCCCUGAGGGGCAUGGGGGUGUGACUAGUGCCAGGUAGCUGGGGACUGUCUGUCCUGACCCUGCUGUCCCCUCUCCCUCAGUUGACCACAUUCUUCGCUGCUUCUCUGCAACUGCCCAAAGCCCAAGAGCUUUCACAAGAGAGGCCAAAGUUCUCAGGGUUCUGGUUUCCCUGCUCUCCCACACUCCCCUCCCCAGAACAGCAGAGCCCAAUCAGGGCUGUAGACAAGGGCAUAUGCAAAACGGGGUUCUAGGCUGGGCCCUGGGCUUGCCAGGAAGUGGCCUGAAUCAAAGGCUGCAGCUGACUGCUGUUCUCUCCCUGUCCCCCAACUCCACCCCAGACAGCCCUGUGCCCACGUCUCACUUCACCUCCCAGGGCUCGCAACUAGACUGCCACCGCUCGCCACCUGGGGUCCUGGCCUCCUGGUGCCUGCCUUUCCCAAGGUGCCCAGCCCCCCACCCGAGUAGACAUGAAUUCAACCCACCUAGGAAGGUGAGUUGGCGGAGGACUGGCGAGCCCCCCAGUCCGGGAGCUCCUUCAUGCAUUCCCUUUUCUGGGGCUGCAAACCUCUGAAAUGAGUUAUUCCGUGAUGACCCCACACAAACCUCAGCUAGCUCAUUGCUGGUCCAGAUUAUUUACCCUCUUUAUCUGUUCUUUCACCCCUGGGUCCCUUGAUUUUGGGGUGUGUGCGGAAGGGUUCCGGGGAGAACUGACUCGAGGACAGUGGGGUUGUCAGAACACAGACUGGAUUAAGCAGUAUUCCUCCUUAUUUCUGGAACUUCCACCUCACCAGACCCUUAUCUCUGGGCCUCGGAGUUUGAGCUCCUCUUGUAUUGGAACCGGUGGUUUUCUAUCCUCCUCCAGGCUCCGUGCCAAAGCACACAAGGAAUAGUGUUUGCCUUCAUGGUAAAAAAGGGAAUCGAACCUUAAGGAGCCAGAUUCCCUGAGUGUCUUUCUGGCCAGUUUCUCUCUCGAGUCACGCACAGAUCAAGGGUAGAAGAAGCCGGCUGAGUAACUAACCUGAACUUGGGCAGCAGACCAAGCUGUGAGCCUGGAGUAGAUCAGAGAACUAGGAGCAGGGCCCGCUCUCGUUGUCGGGCCUUUCCCAGCUCACGCCCCCGCCCUCGCAGGGAAGGAGGGGCUCCCUGUCACUCUGGCCCCACACUGCCGUGCUCUUGACCUCUGCUUUCCUGGGCCCCACCCUGUCCUCUCCCUCCCGCCUGUGUAGCUUCGGUAACUGCAGACCCCAGGCCCAGGGCGGGCCUCAGCUCAGCUGUUCUCCAUUUGAAUAAACACCUAUUUCUCUAUACUGAGUUCCACUGUCUGGCUUCCCACUUAUCAGGAGUUGAAGAUCACUCUGCCCUGAUAGGCACUGUGAAUAGAGACCCUCCCACAUCAGGCUUACUGACAGUAGUGGCUUUCAAAUGCCUUCCGGCAGUGCUUAACAGCAGGAAA